AUGCCUGGAUUGCCAGAGAUCAGCAGUGGUGCAAUGAGCUCACCAGCUGUUUCAAGUGUUCAAUCGUCUCCCAACAAAAAUACCAAGGAGUCCUCUCCUAUGGAGGCAAACCUGAUAAAGGCUGAGAGUUCAUCUUAUACACCAUCAGAAUAUGACAUGAGGAAUUACUAUGAACGCUUAUUGCCGUUCAAGCCAGUUUUCGAAUGGUUGAACCAUUCUCCGAUUCCUCAAACAGAUUUCACCAUGAGAGAGUUUGCUUUCGAGUUUAAAAGUGGUGCAUAUCAGAGAUACAAUUCGUUCGUCAGUGCAAAAGAGUUCAAAGACACUGUAGUAAGGGUCACUCCUACAAGAUUCGAAAUUGGGGCAGUUUACUCCAUAAAUCCCAGCAAACGUAAAACAGUAUCGAAAAACAUGAUGAAACCUAUAGAGAAAGAGUUUGUUGUUGAUAUCGAUUUGACCGACUACGAUGACAUUAGAACAUGUUGUUCCAAGACGGGAAUCUGCCACAAAUGCUGGAAAUUCAUCAAUGUUGCCAUAGAGAUUGUAGAUACAGCAUUACGGGAUGAUUUUGGAUUUGAGCACAUGAUCUGGGUAUUUUCUGGACGAAGAGGGGCACAUUGCUGGGUCAGUGAUCAAAGGGCAAGGAGUAUGAACGAUACCCUAAGAAAAGCAGUUAUUGACUAUCUGGACGUGUUGAAUUUGAAGGGAGGUCAUAAAAAUAGAAAUCUGACGUUCAGAAGGCCCUUGCAUCCCCAUAUCGAGAGGUCUACUGGUAUACUUCUCAAAUCUUUCAAAGAAGUUAUACUAGAAGAACAAGAUCCCUGGAGGGAUGACAAAAGAGCCAUAGAAGACCUUGCAAAGAAGAUUUCCGAUGCGGCUACUCGUGAGUCAUUGGCGAAACUCUGGACUGAGAAGCCAGGCAGGUCUAGUCUAGAAAAAUGGAAAGAUAUUGAUACCCAAGCCAAGAAGGGCUUUGCUGUACGUGAUUGGAAAACUGAUAUUGUUAUUCUCUCAAUGUACCCUCGUUUGGAUAUUGAGGUUUCCAAACUGAUGGGGCAUUUAUUGAAGUCUCCCUUUUGCAUUCACCCCAAGACAGGAAACGUGUGCGUUCCAUUUGACCCAAGAGUUAAGGAGUUCUGGCCCGAUGAAUCUCCUAAUCUUCGUAGUUUACAGUCAGAGAUUGAAGAAUGGGACACGGACCACCCAGGCAAAUCUGUGAAACAUGAAUGGGAAAAGACUAGUCUCAAUGAAUACAUUAAAAUGUUCAAUAAUUUCAAAAAGAAACUUAAUGAAGAAGAACUGCAAUCUAGGAAAAGAAAUAGAGAUCAGUUAGUUGAUCAAGAUGACAAAUCUCAACUUGAAUUUUAA